AUGGCGCAGGUCUCCUAUGUGGGCUCAAGCGCUAUAUUGCCACCAAGCAGAUCAUUUCAUCCUUUCCAACGGCAACCUCCACAGCACGACGUGGCGAGAAAACCAGACAAACCCAGCGCAAUCCUUCCGCCAGACCAGCCCCCGGAUCCUAAUGUGCCCUCUCAUCUGCUGACCCUCCCUGCUGAGAUCCGUAGCUACAUUUUCAGCUAUCUCGUUACAACGAACCGCAGCAUACCACUAGAUCCCCAGCGGGCAAAUUGGCAGGGCUGGGUCAAGCCUCUCCACAGUAUGGCCCCGCUCCUGACAUGCAAAUCCAUCAGCGAGGACCUUCUCGACUUGCUCUACGGCUCCAACAUCUGCUUCAUCAAUCUCAGUCGUUGGCCAUUAUACUCAUAUACUCUCAAGACCAUCGGACCAUCGAAUCUGCAGCGCAUUCGCGACCUAGCCAUCAUCACGGAGCCCUCACUCAACCCAUAUGCCCCCCAAGUCGGCCGCUAUCACAGCCCGCCCUUCCUCGACUCGAGGCUCUGGGAUGCAUUACUGCAAGACCUCGCAUACGUCGAUCUCGUCAUCCGCGCACCUGGAAAAUUAUCCGACCCGCCUGGUUUCUGGAUCCAGCAUGACAAGUACUUCGACGAGUACAUGGGAACACUUCUCCCCUUUCUAGCAGACACGCUUCGUCCCCUCGUGGCUUCGAAACUCGCCGCAGGAUGCACCGCUGAACCCGUCAUCUCGAUCGACACCAACGGCGACCACCAGGCGCAGUACGUAGUUUGGAAGUACUUCAGGUGUCGGCAUUGCAGCGGCGAGACCCUGCAUGGCGACGCCGUGUUCUAG